ACUGUUCUCAUACGAUAUACGAAGCACACCGAUUCAUAAUUAAUUCAACGCGUCAAAUAUAAUUUCGAUGUUCGGUCAAAUAAUAACAUUCGUUCGCGGUCUCAUUUUAACUGAUCGACGCUAAAGAGGCUCCUGCAACGCAAAUUAUAUUGGCGGGGACGACGAAAAUUUCCAUAUUCGUGAGUGCAUUAUCGAGGCAAACAAUUUUUACUGUUAUUCGAAAAUUUGCGUCGACAAACUACGGUAAAGCGUGUUUGCGUACAACGGACACAAGUUUUUCGAACAAAUACAUCGAGAUUCCUACCCAGUAAAAAUUUGGCAAUGCAACAAUAGCUCGAUUUUCGUAAUCUUUCACGAAAAUCUGAAAAUCCAAACUUCGAGUAUCGAACGCGAAGCACCUUCUCCAAAAACGUGAAUGUAAAAUCUCUUCACAUUCGAAAAAGACCCUCGCAUUGACAGAAGGAUUACAAGGAAUUGUUCGCGAUGGUUAACGUUGACGCGGUAGUCGCAGAAACCAAGCGGCGAAAUUAAUUCCCGAUAGUUUCUUUAUCCGAGAAAGUACGUCUGUCACAACCAGCUGGUAACAGCAGCAGCCGUUUCGAUUCUGCAAUCCCGGACAACAGAGGAGCUGAAACUCGAACUUUCAACUCUCGCCGGAUGCGCUUUACCAACUUUUCCCUCGAACGCUAAACUUCCAGUCCCUUACGUGGAUUCGUUCAAUAUACUCGUACCGGGCUAUCAUGUGGCUUUACUACAAUUAGAAAGGAGUUUCACCAAAGUUCGAAUUAUCGGUUUCAAGUUAACAAAAAGGACACUUUGGCAGCGGUGAUACGAGCUCCAUAAAAAGAAAUUAAAUGACAGUGAGAAGAAAAGAGAAGCGGAGAGUGAGGAAGAGAAGGGGAGAGAUAGAGAGACGAUAAUGGAUACGGAGGAAAAUCCGGAGAGAGGAAAUCCAUAAGAGACGAGUUCAGUGACGACGCGGAUGCUUCGGGGUGCUCCAUAGUCGCUAGACGAGCAAAGAUGGAAGUACGAACGGAACGUCCUCGAACAGCGGGGCGAAUAGCGCCUACGGGACGUGUUACGCCGACCGUUAACCAAAGUAUGCCCGGGGGUGGAAGGCGAAAGGCUAUACCGGUACCACCACCGAGGGUGCCAACCCCUAUGCCCACUGCGAACAACAAUCAGCAAAGGAACAAUGCCAAUAACGUUGCACCACCUCCAGCGAUGCCGAUACAAAGGAAAGAAUCGCAUGGAAAUAUCGCGAAAAUUGCGAAGCGAUAUCUCGAUGACAACAUGCAGCAGGCGUGGAUAAAUCCUCGACUCAUAUCGAUGAUAAAUAUGGAAGCCGUGACAUCGACGGAUUACGAUUCGACGAAUUUGAGUCGUAAUUUCAACCAGGUUGGCUUCAACACUUACAAUUAUUCUCAAUUCGAGGAAAAGUACAAGCCGCGCCAGUCGAUGAAGUACGGCGAAGAUUAUCAGGAUCACGGUAGAGCAGCUACGAGAAAUCCUGUUAACUCACGGACGUCGUCGCGCCAUACGCAAGAACAAAAUGUCCAUAAGAGCGAGCGUAGCCAUUCGCAGCCUGAGAGACAGCAUCAAUCUUCCUUCGAGGCACGAUCGAAAUCUCAAGAUUCAAGAGAAUUGACAUUCUAUCAGAUCGAUCCUCCCCUCAAGCAUGAAAAUAGACAUGCCAAGUCGCACCGUACUUCGGUCGACAAAGUUCACAAUAAAGCCAAAGAAUUGACGUUUUACGAUAUCGACGGCCCAGGAAAUUUCACUGACAAAUCAAAAGACCAGAAAAAUAAUAGCUGCAGCGAGAAACUCGAGAAAAAGGAUAAAUCCAGUGCUGCUGUUGGCUCGAAACAUGCCCACGGAAAAAAUUCACACCAAGAACAAAAGACUAACGUAAACAACGUUGGCCAAUCAAACAGAUUGCAGGCUGAUGUUCUUGAAAAUUCUCAUCGACAACAAUGCAAUGUUCUCGUCGACCCACCGAAGUACAGACAGUACGAUAGGCCGCCUCGAUAUCAAGAGGAUCCUCCGAAAAGUGAACCUCCACCGAAGUAUCAUCAAGAUCCCCCAAAAUAUUCUGAAGUAACCAACAAAAGACAGGACGAGUCUAAACGGAGUCAGGAGGAGAAGGGCAGACGACAAGCAGGGGGAAAUCAUGGGGGAGUGGUGAGCGGGGUCGUCGCCGUUGGUGGUGGUGGUGGUGGUGGAGCUCACGGUACGGAGGCGCUCGCUAAUGUCGCCAGUAUCACGCCGACCGCGCGAGAAUCAACACGUGGAGGGGUUACGACGCGCCAGCGUCAAAUGCACAAGCAAACAGGGUGCGAGGUUCGUUUGACAAGCAAGAAUGACGAUUACAACAACGACGAUGACGUCGAGACGUUGAAGCACAGCGAUAACACGAGCAGUGCUAAGGUGGCGAGCUCGAAUAAUCAGUCGAACAACGUUGCUAAUCGUGCUACCAAUUUCGGUACAAACGGUGUCGUUAACAGUUACGGUAGUGCGGGUAUUAUUCUGGGUGUUUCGCUGGGUGGUGUUAUAUGUCCCGAAGUCAACAAUACCCGUGGUGCCGAUGUCAAAUUUCCGAUUCUCCGUUCGAGCGACAGAUCGAUGAUUAAAUUCGAAAAAUCAAAGAAUUCCGUCCACUCGUUUCACGACGUGAUCUCGGUGGGCAACAAAUUCGCUGACAAAAUGAAAUCCGUGCAAGAAGCAAUCGUCUACAAGCACCACGAGGCUGUGCCUAAACUGAAGCACGAAUCGAGCGUCGUCAACAAUCACGUGGGCUACAAAGUCGAAAAUCUCAAGUACUACGGUGAACUGAAGGGUUACGAUUUCAAGUCUUACGGCACCAUCGAUAAACCCCAAUCGGCAAACCCGACCAGUGAAAAAUCCCAUCAGUACGCUACACCUGACAAAGUCGCUCAUCAAAAUAGCCAUGAAAAAUCACACGCGCGCAACUCCCAGUCGUACGGUGCCGGGAAAGUGUCUCAGGCCUCUGAUAAAAGUGUUUACAGUGAGAAAUACGGUGAUCAUUACUAUCACAGAUCGUCACACGUCAAACCGGCCAACGCGUUUCAGGUUUACCAGGAGACCAAAUACUCGUACAACGUUAAUGGAGUUCCCGGUACACCGGCCCAGGCCAGCGCAGCCGCAGCUUUCUUCGCGAGAGCUGCUCAAAAGUUAAAUCUCUCGUCGAGUCCUCACAGAAGACGUCGCUCCGGUGACGACAACAUUGCUCCGGACGAACAUCCUAUUUUCCCUAAUGGAUACGCGGCCCUCUUAUUAAAAUCCCCGCCCCCUGCACCACCUGCUCUGCUCAGAAGAAUCGGAGUCAAAGAACUCACCGGUGUUGGCAAGGUGAAAGUCAUGCUCAGGGUGUCAUCCGGUGAAGGCGGUAGUUUCUUCAAUGCGGACAAGCGCAAGAAGCAGGUGACCCUAGUUGACCCCUCUUCGGGUCAAACGUCGACAGCCGAAGAUCGAAGACCCACCGUUGCCGCACCCAAGAUGUUCGCCUUCGAUGCCAUUUUCACCGAGGAAGAUUCUCAGACUGAAAUCUGCUCGAGUGCCCUCACCGAUGUCAUCCACGCUGUGAUCAACGGAACCGAUGGAUGUCUAUUCUGUUUCGGUCAUGCGGGUCUUGGAAAAUCUCAUACGAUGCUUGGCACCCCGGAAGCUGGUCACACCCUCGGGGCAAUUCCCUGUGCGAUAGCUUGGCUAUUUCGUGGAAUUUCGGAGCAAAGACAACGAACCGGGGCCAGAUUCAGCGUGAGGGUCAGUUGUGUAGAACUGACUACUGGCCAGCAACAGUUGAGGGAUCUUCUCACAGCCCACGCAAAUGACUCGGAACAGUCACCUGCCGUUUAUCUGAGGGACGAUCCACUGUUCGGCACACUCCAGCUACAGCAGCACAGCGAACUGAGAGCUCCGACUGCUGAGCGUGCAGCGUUCUAUCUGGAUGCUGCAGUGGCCGGACGUCAACGCGAAGACGGUGAUGCCCACAUGCUGUACACCCUUCACGUUUAUCAGUACAGCGUAGCUGGCAAGGGUGGAGUUGCUGGCGGAAGGAGCAGGCUUCAUCUGAUGGAUCUUGGCAAUUCGGAUCGCGGUAAAGCCUCGGGUGGGAUCCCCUUAUCUGGCUUGGGCAAUAUUCUUCUUGCUAUAUUCAACGGCCAGAAACAUUUGCCUUACAAAGAGCACAAGUUGACACAAUUGCUGAAGGAAUGCCUCGGCUCGCUGACCUGCCACGCGGCUAUGAUCGCCCAUGUUUCGCCCAACACUCAACACUACACGGAGACUUUGACGACGGUGCAAUUAGCCUCGAGGAUACACAGGAUGCGACGACGGAAAAUAAAAUUCGUCGGUGGGGGAACUCAGGGCACCGGGAGCGGCGGAAGUUCCGGUGAAGAAGCUGCGGCGAGACAAACGAGCGAGUGCGAUCCAAGCUCGAGCGAUCUGUCGGCUGACACUGUGAUAUACGUUGGCCCUGGCGCCGAUGACGCCACCGACGGUGAGCAUCCACCGGUUUACCUGCCAAGCUUGAAUUCCGGUGAUCAACGUUGCGCCAUGGGACGGGUAUUGCGCGGCUCGGCGGCCGAACGGCCUAGCAAAAUACCCGAGGAACGAAGUCCAGCUCACAAAGCUGCGAAGGUCGUAAAAGCUCUGACGCAAACGGCAUCGAAGCAGACAUCACCGGCUCACAGUGCCACGCCGAAAGCAAGUCCAGCGAGGAAAGCUAGCGCCAGUGGGAAGACUUCGUCGAAUGCCAAAAUUUCGGACUCACCCACGAGCAAAAUACCCGUUGUUGCAGCGGCUGGCGGAUGCUCCGACGAGCAGUGGAUAGACGGUCCAAGAAUUUCGAAAUCCAAAGUAGCCGAGGCCAGGCACAUGCUCAAAGAGGCUCAUCACAAGAGGGAAACUUGGAUAGACGGUCCGAUGCAAGUGACCGGCCCACCUUUGCUUCACACUCAGCAACACUCCUCCGGUUACGGGUUCAUGGAUAACCACAAGAAAAUCAUGAUCAGAAAGUGGGUGGAGAAUCAAUCGUCGCAGAUUCAACGUGCGAAACACGCUGCCUCGAGAACGGAAUCGAAAACGAGCGGACAAUCGUCUGGAAUAUUCAAAGAAAUGACGAGCUUCAAAAGCUGCGACGAUAACGACGACGACACCUCGCUCUCGACCGUUGACAGCGACAGCUUCAAGGCCACCGACAUCGAGGAUAUCACUGAAAAAUUAGGUGCUAAAUUGAAUCUGUUGAAUGUCAAAUCCAACACCGAUUCUGGUCUCGAUCUCACCGCCAGCCCAGUCAUGGAAGACAGUUUAGACAAGAGCAGAAUCGACACCCAAUACGACGAGGACGACGACGAAGAAAUAAUCGUUCCGCCUCCACUGCCCCUCAUCGAACCCCUCAGCAAUGGCGUCAGUCGAGAAGUUUCCAUGGAAAGCCUUAAUCUAUCGCACAAGGACAUUAUACUACCGUCCAGACAUUCUGUCUCGUCCGAGGACGAAAUACUCGAAAUCGUCGAGGUCGAGGAUCUCGAACCCGUACCAAUGCAAGAUUCCUGCCUUCAAGUUACCGAGGAAGAUAUUGCACUUUGUAUGGGAGAGAAUCCGUUGCCGGAAAGUGAUCAAGAGGAGCAUCCUCUGAGGAUACUUAGCCAGGAAAAUCUCACCGUUGUUUCGACCUUCACUGACUCCAUGUCGGUGAUGUCGGACACGGAAAGAUACAGAUCGCACUAUCCGCCGUCCGUCGCUGCUGGUGUUCUGCCCCGGCCUUACUUCGACCACGAGGACUUCCUCGAGCAAGAGACCAGACACAAGUUCGACCAAUUGGCACGUCUUCACGAACUUUAUCAAAGCAAACUAGCCCUCGCAAACGUCUCUAAUUCGGCAACUUACCAGAGAGAGAACUCGUCUUCCGUUAGCGUUCGGGACACACCAUCUGCCACAGUCUUCCGUCCACCUUCUCGCUGUCAGUCGCUGUCGCUGUCAGAUGUUCUCUUUAACGACGCAGCGAGUAAUCACGGCAGUAUAUACAGCGAGCCAGCAUACAUAGCCGGCAAGAGCGACCAAGAGAAAAUAUGCGACAAUUGUCGUCAGAGUAUGUCACGUCCGGCAACAGCCUCGUACUGGUACCCAAGCAGCGUCGCUCAUCUCGCGAGUCCGCGACGAUAUUGCGGCAAACUCGGUGAAUGUAACAUCUCGAGUCUGAGACAUCCGGAUGGUGCAUCGAAUCCGAAUUUGAAGGAAGAAAUCGAGAGGAUACCUGGAAACGGUGCCUCGGGAUCGGAUCCUGAGGAGGAAUAUGUCGAAGCUAAAAAAUUGUUCACCACCGCCGAAAGGUCGGAAAGAACUGUCACCGGGAAAUCCGACAUCGAAGAAGAUGCGAAAAUUCCAGCGACCGUUCCCCUACAGCUGUCAAUUCCGUCCUCGGUCCCGUCCUCCGGACGUAUGCAGCGUAAAAUCCUUAGCCUCGGAUCAUCACUCGUUCUCAACAGGGAGGGAUCCGAUUCCGGGGCUGAUUCAACCCCUCGAGCUGCCAAAUUAUCGCCCGCUACACUUUCCCGACAUCGAGCCGAAAGCUCGGGCUACGAUAGCAUCCUCAGAGACAGUGAGACCAGCAGUAUAGCCAGCGAUUCGUCAAGACAUACCGGGGCUCUUCAGGAACAUCAAGCGGUGGUACGGCCGGUGGAAGGGUCAGGCCACCGGUUGCCACAGGCUCAUCCAAUUCCCGCGGGGAUUCUCGAAUACACAGACGAGGACGUGGAAAUACUGGAACGACGCGCACAACUACGCUCGGAUCCCCGUGGCACGAUGUCCAGGAUACACAACCUGCGGCUGCGCCAGCUCCUUCUUAGACUCGAACUCCGAGAAGCCAAGAAAAGACUCAUGGUCCCCGACGACCGCUGGAGCUACGAACUGCACGUUGAGGACAGCAUGGACUGGCGAGAUCCUUCGUUUCUCGAGGCGCUGGAAUCCGAAACGUUUAUACUGCAAAAAAGAGUCGAAGCAUGCAAAAGUCACGUACUAUUAGUGACAUGUUUCGAUUCUUGUCCACUACAAAGAAAAAGACAGAUCGAACCACCGCCUGGAAUCAGAAUAACAUAACGCAGACUCGGAUCAGUUCGCUGGACGGCGUGCUGAUCAAAGCGGAUCGUGAUAAGCCAUCUGAGAUUCGUCCCAAAGUUCCAAAUUGGCUCGAAAAAAUUGAUUUUUUUCAACGAACAACAAAGUGGGGUAUGAAAAAAACCUUUGGGCUUGAAAACAAAGGGAGCCUCGAAGAGAGAUUAGCCGCAAAAAGUGCGUGAAACGUGCUGAGCUUAGAAAAUGCAAAUUUUCACACUGCCACAUCAUUGUCAUUCGUCGUUUAUUCGAUCAGUCCAUUAAUUACCAAUAAAUAAUCGUUAUCAACUCAACAUCAUUAUGGAAUCAUCGCCAUCAUCGAAUCAUCGUGCAUCUUGAUACUUAAAAGUAAUCAUCGUCGUGCAAUUAAGAUUUAAUUGAAAAAAAGUCCGAUGAAGAGCUUGGAGACGUAAAAUAAGUAAGAAAAAAAAUAAAAACAAAUAAAUACACACACGACUUCCCACAAAGACUGUUGGCCAUUUGCCAAAUUUUAUUAUCUCGAUGAACUCGUUGACUGAUACGAUAGGUCUGCACUGUUCGAGAGAAAAUAUAAGCCACAAAAUAUGGACUUAGUUAAGGGCUAGAAUUUUCGUCCAUUGUGUGGCAAAUUGUCCAUGAACAUGCAUUGGUAAUAUUGUAGAACGAAAUAAUGCUCUACGGGCAAAUGAACACUGCCAGUACAGAAAUAUAGAAAAUUUGUGAAGAAAAAUGAAACAUUGGGGAAGAGAUGACAAAAUCGAACGUGACUUCCGAAACCGUGACGGAUUUUUUAUCCGAUGUAUAAUUUUGUGAUUGGUCAAUUGAGUAUUUUUAUGACGCUGAUAGUAUUAGAAAAAUUCUUGAAAUCGACGAUUUUUUAUCAGGAUUUUAAUGGAUGAAGAGUCGUACCCGAAAAUGAAUGAAUUUUUAAAAAAACCGUACUCUGUUAUCGUUAUUCACGUCAAAAUAGCGUUGAUUAGAUCCGAAGAAAAAUACGGUAAAUCUGUUUGGUCAAAUAUUGAGAAAACAAAUUUUUAUUUUUUUCCAUCACCCGUGCUUGAAGGAGCCUGUGCAACAGAUUAUGGAAAGAGAAUGUUCGAUGCGAAUCUUCAAUCCCAAUCGAAAGCAUCGGGUGCGUCCCCAUUGAUUUGCUGAAUAUAAUGUUUAUUCGAUGAUAGUAUAUUUUCAUGGGAAUGAAAUAAAUUACGUUUAUCUAUAUUGAUUAUUUAAAAAAGGAAACUUUGUCGAAAAUGUUUUUGAGCAAUCGUUGCACCGUAUUUCUCGUUAUCUGAAUAGCACAAUUGCAAAGCCGCGUGAAGGAAAAGCUCUCGGCAACGGAAUGUAUCGUGACUAACGCUCAAAUAUAAUCAAGGACAAGUUUUCGUCCUUGCGACGAUUUGUACACGGAAUGGAAAUUGUUGAUGUCUUUGACAAGUUGAAAGAUCUCCAUGGGAUGGAAGUCGAUCGAAAUUGAGUUUACGAGAGACAAAUAACGUUCACAGCUGUUUAUUAUUGAUGUAAAAAUAUCUUUUUGUUCACAAUCAUGCGUUUGUUAAUAAAUUAAUCUGUUUACGAUAAACUCAAGAAAAAAAAAACAUCUGCAAUCACUACAAUCUAUUGCAGUAUUGCAAUAGCUGGGAAUAAAAAGAAAUUAAAAUGAUGGACGAUCAGUGAGAACCUGUAAUAUUGGGUAACAGAUUGACAAAUUGCCAAAAAUAAUGAAAAUCAGGAGUUAGAAAAAGGGGAAGUAAUACAGAAGAAAGAGAAACUGUUAUACGAUUAACAAUUAAUCAAAGGAGAAAUGCCGUUAUUGAUAUAUUAUUAAUGCACGCACGUUCAUUCGAGUAAUAUUAUCGUAGCUUUAAUCGUUAAUCAGCAGUUACCGCACGACGUAGCGCUCUGUAAUUCACUUUAGGGAGAGAGAGAUAACAAAAACACGAAGUCGUGAAUGGAGCAAUUCAUUCGUAACUUUUGUAACCGCAAUGGAUAAUCGAGACUCUUCGUGCGUCGGAGUCAAAGUGGAAAGCGAAAUUCACGAUAAAUUCGACCAAGUUAGCAAAAGAAAAGAAAACAUUUUUUACGUUAUUUAGAGUUAGAAGGAAAAAUCGUAAAUCGCUUUCUAAUUUCCCACCGGUCGUUACACGAUCGAUUCAAACUCCCGUCUUUCUUGUCCAAACUGAAAUUUCGGGGUUUUCGUGCAAAGCUGAGAAGUGCGUUGAAACUAAAAGGAUUAAGAGAUUUACUAGCUGCAAUGUCAUUAUUUCGUUAUAAAAUUUGCUCAUAGAAUUACGCGAACGUAUGAGUACUGCGAAUAGAAAAAUUUCGUCACACAGGAAAUAAUUUUCUUAAGUGCAUACAUUAUUUACAUCAUGCAUCCGAGCAAAAUCCAAUCAAGCUGUCACGAUAUCGAUUCUUUCGGCAAUUUAAAAUUGAAACAAAUGCAUUCGUAUAUUCUCAGUUUUCAAUGAAAUUCUUUGCUCAAUGAGACAGGAGGGUUCGUUUUUCGAUUGAAAGUCGAUUUUCCAAGGCAUGGGAAACUUUAUUUUACUCCACAAAUGUGCCUUUUGGACCCCAAGUAAGAUCCUCCACUGAAUUUUUGUCUUUUAUGGAAUUCAAAUGGAAAUUUAACUUUCGACCGAACGUGAAUGAUGCCACGACAGCUUGAGUUGAUCGGCGAAUUAGUUAAAUCUUGCAGGAAUUCUCACUCAACAUUUUACAGUUAUCAAUGAAAUAUAAAAUUAAAAAAAAAAAAGAGUAGAAUGCAAUGCGAAAUCACCGCGCCCGAAUCGUAGCACCAGAAAUGGAAUUUCGUUUGAAGCGACUUGCUCAGCAAUGCAUCGAGUCCCCGAAAAAUUUCUUGACUUUUGUAUUCCCAUUGCCAUAAACUUUGGAGGUGUGUUCGUUAACGAAAAACGAGGAGUGAAAGAAAUAAAACUGUCCGAGUAAAAUGAUGUGAAAAAAAUGAUGAUGGGUCGCAAUCGCGAUUGAUACCGAUCGAUCGCGAAUGGCAAAUAAUUCAAAUCCGUCUGCCAUUCGAAGAAGGAAAGAAAGAAUGAUAAAUUGUUCUUCUACAUCCCACUAAACAUCUUUGUAUCAUAGUUCUUGUACCAUAUUUAUAUUUUAUAUGUACAAAUUAGCUACGUAAUUUCUUGUAAUAAAGAUCAAUUUACAAUGUG